AAACUAAAAAAAUGUAAGUCCAUGAACGUUCUCCUCAAGCAUAGUAUUGUAAAUGUUCAAGCACAAGGGGACCCUUUACUUUAAAGGUUUACUUCCUAGAUAAUGAAUUGUAAUGUGUGUGUGAAAAAAUGCUUAAAGUAUAAAUUUGAAUGUAUUGCUGUAAGGUACAACUACAGCCAAUGAGAGGCUAAAUACAAAAUUGUUAUUCUGCACACUUCUGAUGAUUAAAGUACCGUAUUGUAGACUGUGUUUAAAAUGACAUGAAGGACAGUGCAAGAAUAGGUGUGGUCCGGUGCCGUGUCAGAUGAGUCCAGUCUUUACACAAACCAAGGAGGGUAGCAAAGAAGGAUGAAAGUCAGUAAUAUGGCUGCUGUAUGUCCAGAUUACUUCAGAAUUAGUGAAUGUUAUCCAGCCAUUUUUGUCUUGCUUACUGUUGUCUGCAUUUGCAGCAGUGCUGAUAUAAAAAGCUGCCUCAUAUAUGAUAUAUCUAUGAAAAUAGAAGUGUGGUCACCUUAAAUAGAAGCCUCCGUCUCCCUGCUUUCUCAAGAUUAUAUGCAGCAGAACGGCGGGGGAGGGGAUGGGGUAAAGGAGAAUGAAGAUUCGUUAGCCAAUCGGAAAAAAGGAAGUAGAACAACAGUGUCCUUCUCUGCUGAUGAAAGCCCCGCUCUGACUUUCCUGACAUCCAUAAAGGAUUCUGUGGUUUUCCCACACUGGAAAGAAAAUCAGAUGGUCAAAUUGUACUCCUCUGCCCAGUUUCAUUUAAACAGAACAUCAUUUCUGAGCAUCUGAAGACGGGACAGUUCUUCUUUGGACCUGCCAUUCUCCAAUAUGGCCACUGUUCCAUCCCCUGGUUGCUUGCUGGCAAGGAAUCAGUUUUACAGAAAUCGGUUAAACUCUCCUUCUGCUUGUCACACCAGAAGCUCCACUCAGGCCAUAAAUACCCAAAGUGGUAUCUCUCUGUGGAUUGGAGCAACAAGUCAAGGGCUGCCAGCAAUGCUUGAGAAGAGCCAUUGGAUCAGUUUGCUUUUCAGAGGUGCUGGAGGGACCCCAGUUGUGAACCGCAGUCCAUCAGUACAAGAGUCAAGUGGCCGAAAUGAGGGACCCAAGCAAGCAGCAAGUACUCAGAAAGAUGUCUGACAAAUUUACUUGUUUAACAAGACAGUGACAGACCCGUCAUGGUGAGGGCAGACUGGGAGAAGCCGUAACAAGCCAUGGGAACCUCACCGCUUGUAUUUGGAGCAGUGCACAUGUCUAGACCAGUCAGAAGAUGUCAAUGUCUGCACUAGCCUUGAUGGACUAAAGCCUAAGCUCAUGUUGUGUGCACAUCCUGCCAGUCCUCAAGAGACACAAGUGCUACUAUCAGCUGAAAGCCAAUCCAGGACUUCAAACAUAGGACUAUAUUUAUAGAAAACAAACAUUUAAAGCAAAAACAAAAAUUAAAUCUUAAUAGUGUAAACAGUAAAAAUAAAUAUAAUAUAAAACAGAGUUCAG